AUGGGUAACAAAAUGAUUGGUUGCAAUCAAUGCAAAAUCGAUACUCAUGGUAAAAAUAGAACACCAUCAUGGACUUUAUUAUCCUAAAAAACCACUAAUGACUGUAAAUUGGUUGUUGGAGAUGAAAUAAUCAUUCCAUCCAGCAAAUAAGCCUAAAGAGAAGCUGAAAAUAGAAAAAUUGUAUCAAUUUCUAGUGAUAAAAGAACUUUGACUUUGAAUGAGACUCUGAAUUUUAUUCAUGAAACAGUCUUAGAACAUUUUGAUGCAGUUGAAUUUUUAAGAAAGGUGGAGGUAGGAUGUUUGACCAGAAUUAUCAGAAUCUAAGGUGAUUAAAUGAAUUAUCAUGGAGUUCAUAUUUACAUUUAAGGAAAACAAAAUGAAGUCACUGAAGCAAAAUUGAAAAUGUAGAAAAGUAAAUAGUGUUCAAUAAAGAUAUUUAAAUAGAUUCCCAAUUAAUUUCAAUAAUGAUGGAGUAGUUUCAAACUCAUAUAUUAGAAGCAAUUACAUUCACAAUUCAAAUGCUCGUUGUAUAGAAUUAUAAAGUUUAUCACAUUUGGAUGUUACAUAUAACAUUUGCCACAACAUUGUUGGCCACACUAUCUACAUUUAAAAUGGUAAUGAAAUGUACAAAACUUUUGAACUCAAUCUUGUAGCUGUUGUUAAAUCAUCUUGCUAAUUAUAUCAAUCAGAUGCAACAGCAGCAGCCUUCUGAAUUACAAAUACUAAGAAUAUAUUUUUCAAUAAUAGAGUAGGUGGAGCAUAAUGGUUGGAUUCUAUUUAGCAUUUAAAUCAAAACCUUCUGGUGUUGCAUCUAAACCAAAUAUUAAUAUGAAUAAUAUGUUGGAGUGGAGAUAUUGCUCUUUGGGAUAAAAAUAUAAUAUAAAUUGUAAAAAAUUGCUAUCGAUCAUUUCAAUACAUAAGUUCUCAAGAAUCUGGUUUUCUAUUCAGAUUCAACUAUACUGUUUAAAGAGGAACAGAAAUCACAAAUUCCUUUCAAAUUAAAGUUAAGUUUCAGAAAUUCCAAAUCCCAAUACUUGUAACAAUGGUAACUAGUUCAAAGAUAGAACUACAUGAUUCUUUAAAAUUUUUAUCUCUGCCAAAUAAAGAAUACAACAAUAUUGAGUUGCACCAUCUGGAAUCUUCUGUAGGGAGACUUGCAUAUUUUUAUGACGUUCUUGUAAAAAUACAAAAGAAAUGAUCAGACGUUUCUAUAUGGCCAAAUGGUAGAUUACCAAUAGCAGGAGAAAAUGUAACAAUAUCUCAUGAAUACAUUAUCAUUAUUGACAUAGAAUUGCCAGAAUUUGAUACAAUUUUAAAUCUAGGAGAAUUAUGGUUUGAUAAUGGAAGAGCAGUUACUACAAUAUAAGCAAGAAAGAUCUUUGUAAGAAGCAAUUAAUCCAAAAUUCCAUUUUAAAGUGGUUUAUUUCUUAGCUAAAGCUUUAAUUAUGGAUAAGCAUACAUUAGAGAAUGUUCGAUCAUCAAUGUUUGGAUUAAAGGGCAUACAAUAAAUGGAUUGGCUCCUUCGAAGUGACCAGUUUUUCUCGCCCUUUUUAGUUACCAUUCAGGAACAAUGGGAGGGGUAAAAUUGA